CCAUGAGCCAAUGGCUCGUAUCGCUCGAGUCGCGGCAUGAGGCACAACAACGACAACUUUCGAUCUCGUCUGCGUCUGGGUCAACGACGGGUGCGGCGGACAGCGGGUCUGUCUCUGCCUCUGCUUCUGCUCCAACGACAGCAGGCGUAACUACGGCGGCGAGUGUGCGCAGCGAGAGUAGAUCUUCGAGUUUCGCGUCCGUAGUGUCGAACUCGGGCUCUUCGACACUUUCCUACGACUACGACACAGACUGCGACUCCUCCCCCGACCUCGACCCCUCACCGACCUCCUUCUCCCUCCGCUUCUCCCCCUCCUCCUCCCCUUCCUCCAAAGCCCGCCGCUCCUCCCGCCCUGUGAGGAAGCUGCGCGCGGAAGCAAAAGCGCGAAGGGAAGAAGAGAAGAGAUUGCAAGAGAUCGAUGAUGGCGAGGGGGCGGUUGAGAAGAUGGUGUGGUUGGAUCGGGUGUUGGGGAUGAUUGCGUUGUUGGUGGUUGUGGUUGUGUUGAGUAUGGGGGUUGCCGCGGAUGGGAGUGAAAGGUUUGGGGUGAGGGGCGAGGUUUAAACCCCUUCUUCUUCACACUCACGAUACAUGAAGAGUAUGGGAGAGUGAGGAAAACGAUGCUUGAGAAAUGUAUCAGUUAAUCUACGGGGCCUGGCGCUAUACGUAUACGGAUUUCUGGACGGAGUUGGU